AUGGCUCCUCAGAAGAAAGCUGAGCCUCCCUUCGCAAAGGACGAGCGCGUCCUGUGCUUCCACAUGGAAAUGCUAUAUGAAGCAAAGAUCCUAGACGUUAUGCCCGGCGAGAACGGCGAGGGGUGGCAGUACAAGAUCCACUACAAAGGCUGGAAGAGCAGCUGGGACGACUGGGUACCGCAGGACCGAGUGCGCAAGUUCACAGACGAGAACAAGGACUUAGCCGCGCAGCUGCUCAACCAGUAUAGAAUGCUUCAGUCUGGAAAGUCGGCCAAGCAACCUAAGAAGGGCACCCGCCAAACUGGUUCCGACUUGAGUUCAGCCCGAGGCAGCGAGGAACGCACCGCCGGGACCGCAAUGGCAAGCGGGCGGGGACCCCGUCGGGCGAGGGAUUUUGAUCUUGAGCAGGAGGAAAAUUUCCAUAAUCGCCCGUCAAUCAAGCUGCCUCUUCCGGAUCAUUUGAAGGCAAUGCUUGUUGAUGAUUGGGAAAACGUCACAAAGCUCCAACAGCUUGUCCCACUUCCACACGUCCAUCCCGCGAACGAGAUUUUCGACGACUAUCUCGCGUACGAGCGACCCCACCGCCAGGAGGGUAGCGCUUCAAUGGACAUUCUUGAGGAGACCAUUGCCGGACUUCGGGAGUACUUUGACAAGGCCCUUGGCCGCAUUCUUCUCUACCGUUUCGAGCGCGGCCAAUACCUCGAAAUGCAUCAGCUCUGGAAUAGUGAAGAAAGCAAACACAAGAGCGUCAGCGACACGUACGGUGCUGAACAUCUGGCUCGGCUCCUAGUGUCACUCCCAGAGCUGGUGGCCCAGACCAACAUGGACCAGCAAUCGGUGAACCGACUCCGCGAGGAGCUCAUGAAAUUCACCAACUGGUUCAGCCGCCAUGUGACAAAGUACUUUGUCAGCGAAUAUGAGACACCCGGCGCUGAUUAUCACGAGAAGUCCAGGGUCGCUUAG